AUGUAUCUUGAAGAUGAAGUAGAAGUUGUAAACUUUACAGCAAAUAAAAUUGCAAUAGUUUUUCAAGAUUGGGUGAAUAUAUCAAAUACAAUAUUUGGAUUAAGCACUAAUCAAGAAGAAACUAUAUUAGCCGAAGAAGAAGUAAAUAUGGAUUUUAAAAGUGGGUUUUUGGUUCAGGAUAUAUUAAGCAAUAAUGAUUUAA